UUCUGUGUAUUUUGUGCUCUCGGAAGGAUAACAUCUAAGGGAAACGCGACCGAGAGUGCGGUAUCUUCGACAGAAAACGUCAGAUAUCGAGGAAUUCCUCAAAAAGCUACUGAAUACAGAGCAUUAAAAGAGUGCAGGAACUACUUAAAAAAUGGAUAAAGAUAAUAAACCUGCCCCAAAAGGACGGGGUUCUUUCCUAUUGGAGAUGAUGAAACAAACACAACGUCGACAUGAAGGAUUGUCUCAUUCCUUAGAAACGCCUAGCGUUUCGUCGGCUGAUCAGACCAGAACAUCCGAGGAACAUUCCUCAUCGCAUCUACAAAGCUCAUUUGGCUCAAGUGCAGGACGUGGGCGUAUUUCAUUAGAUCUACUGAGAUCGAUGAGCAGCACCAGCCGAUCAGAAUCUACAGAUUCUUCAUCGGUAGGUGCUGGUCGCGGUGCUCUCUUAAAUUUAGCAAAAAGAAUGGGUGAACCAAAUGGCUCAAGUGUUCGAAAGGAAGAUCCUGAAGAACUUUUAGGAAAAUUGGCUGAUAUUUCGGUAUACAAUAAUCCUGCACUCGACGUACAGUCUUCCGAAGAUACCACACUGAUAAGUCGCCAAGGCAAAAGUGGAACAAAAGUAGAAACGUUCUCCAAUUAUAUAGAUAUGAAAAUAGAAUCCGGCAAAGGUCUAUUCGAAUAUGAAGUUAAGUUUACACCAGAUAUAGAUUCAAGAGGAUUACGUCGCAAGUUGCUCAACCAACAUUCCGUUAGUUUAGGAAGAACAAAAACUUUUGAUGGGAUGAUACUUUUUUUACCAAUAAAGCUGCCACAGAAUAUUACGCAUUAUAAAUCUGAACAUCCAAUGGAUGGAUCGGAAGUAACUCUCACGAUCAUUUAUAAGAAGGAACAAUCAAUGAGUGAAAAUGUUCAAUUUUUCAAUGUUCUGUUCAAUCGCGUCAUGCGUGCACUUGAGUUAGUGCGUAUUGGUCGACAAAAUUUUAAUCCGAGAGGCGCGCAUAUCAUGAAUCAACAUCGAUUAGAAGUAUGGCCUGGUUACGUGACCGCCGUAAAUGAAUACGAGGGUGGCUUAAAACUUUGCUUAGACGCCAAACAUCGCGUAAUGCGAACGGACACAAUACGAGAUUUAAUAACUGAGACUGCUCGUCGAUCACGGAAUAAUUUUAAAGAUAUUGUAGUAAAAGAGAUAGUUGGCACAAGUGUAUUGACACGUUACAAUAACAAGACGUACCGAAUAGAUGACAUUGCCUGGGAUAAAACACCAGAAUAUGUAUUUACCAGGAAUGACGAACAAAUAUCUUUAAUUGAUUACUACAAGCACCACUGGCAUAUUGAGAUCAGUGACACAAAACAACCUCUUUUGAUACAUCGUGCUACAAUUAGAACGACAACUGGUGAGAAGCAGGAAAGAAUAAUUCUUCUGGUUCCGGAAUUGAGCUACUGCGCUGGCCUUACGGACGGCAUACGCUCCAAUCACACUAUUAUGAAAGAUUUAAGUGAAGUUACGAAAAUGUCACCCAAUCAGCGCCGUGAUACGAUCAAGCGGUUUAUAACACAAGUACAAAGCAAUAAAGUGACACGAGAAUUAUUAUCGGAAUGGGGCUUGGAAUUAAGCACUGACAUAGUCCAGUUUACCGCGAGACGUCUUGAACCUGAAGAGAUACGUUUCGGGCGUAAUAAAACAUAUAAAUCACAUGACAGGCCUGCAGAUUGGAGUUCUGCUGCAGUAAGAAGUCCCGUGUUGCGUACUCCCAAUUUGAGCAAUUGGCAAAUCGUGUAUUGUUCAAAGGAUGACAUUUAUGUAAAAGAUUUCUUAUUAAUGCUGGAAAAGAUUGUAGGAGCGAUUGGUAUGCGAGUCGAUACGCCACAAAAGAUUAUGCUCAGGGAUGACAGAACCGAGACUUACUUGCGAGAAAUUCAGAAUAACGUUACUAACCGCGUCGAGUUAAUAGUCAUCGUGUUUCCAACCAAUCGCACCGAUCGGUAUUCUGCUAUAAAGAAAUUAUGCUGUGUACAAAAGGCUAUUCCAUCGCAAGUCAUCAUCUCGAAAACAAUUGCCAAAGCGCCCAAAUUAAAAAGUGUCACGGAAAAGAUAGCGCUUCAAAUCAAUUGCAAACUAGGAGGAGCACUUUGGACAGUGAAUAUACCUUUGAAAAAUUGUAUGGUGUGUGGUAUAGACGUUUACCAUGCUGGGUUCGGAAGUGGGAAAAGUGUUGCCGGAUUUGUCUCAAGUUUGGAUGCUCAACUGACCAAAUGGCAUAGUAAAAUUUGUAUGCAGUCAUCUAAGCAGGAGUUGGUGGAUAUGCUACAAGUUUGCUUUAUUUCAGCCAUUGAAGCAUUUCAACGGCAUAAUGGAUAUUAUCCCGAGCGUGUAAUCAUAUUUCGAGAUGGAGUUGGCGAUGGCGAUAUAAGUUACGUUCAAAAUUAUGAAAUAAAACAAUUCAUGGCGACGUUCAACCGCAUUGCGCAAAACUAUAAACCGCAACUCAGCGUAAUUGUGGUUCAAAAGCGUAUCAAUACUCGAAUUUUCAUCAAAGAUAGGAAUGGUUUGGGAAAUCCUGCGCCAGGAACUGUCGUUGAUUCUUGCAUAACGAGACGGAACUAUUACGACUUCUUCCUUGUGCCGCAAAACGUACGACAGGGUACAGUAACUCCUACUCAUUAUAUCGUUGUUCAUGACACGUCCAACAUGGAGACUGACCACAUGCAGCGACUCACAUAUAAACUUUGUCAUUUGUAUUACAAUUGGGCCGGUACGAUUCGCGUGCCCGCUCCUUGCCAAUACGCACACAAGCUUGUGUAUCUAGUCGGCCAAAAUAUUCAAGCUGAACCACAUCAGUCCCUCUCAGACAUUUUGUAUUAUCUAUAAAUGUUCCUUCGAUUAAUAUUUAACUUUAUUUUCACUUUCAUUUCUUUACAUAAGGUGAGAAACUAAGAUAAAUAUUUUAUAUUUUUUAGCAAUAUUAGUCUCUGCAUACAAAUAUAACAGCUAUGAAGACUGUCUGAUAUUGAAAUCACGUCUGAAAAGCUAACUUGCAUUGAUAUUCAUUCGAGCUAAAUGCAAAAUUACUUCUGAGUUAAUACAAAUGCAAGUAUUAUCUUGUAGCAUUGAUUGCACACGAAAAAAGCAUCUUUUAUUAACGUUAUAUUCCAAGUACAUUGUUAAAUUUUUACUUGAUGAUUUUCCACGAGUUUGAUAAUUAGAGUUGAUUAUCAAACUCGUGGAAAAUCAUCAAGUAAAAAUUUUAACAAUGUACUUGGAAUAUAACGUUAAUAAAAGAUGCUUUUUUUUCGUGUGCAAUCAAUGCUACAAGAUAAUACUUGCAUUUGUAUUAACUUAGAAGUAAUUUUGCAUUUAGCUCGAGUGAAUAUCAAUGCAAGUUAGCUUUUCAGACGUGAUUUCAAUAUCAGACAAUCAUAGCUGUUAUAUUUGUAUGCAGAGACUAAUAUUGUUAAAAAAUAUAAAAUAUUUAUCUUAGUUUUUUUUCCUUCAAAUUAUGCAAUGCUAACGAGAAUUUGAAAAACUUAUUUCUUUGUUUUAUUUUUCUAGUUUUUUUUUGUUAAAACCUCACCAAAUAUAUAUUUUGACAAAAUGUAGCAAUAUUAAAAUAAAGACUUAAUCAUAAGGAAUGAUGGUACAAGAAUAUUGAAAAGAGGUUAUUUAUUUUUUUUUAACUCAGAAUUAAGUUACACAGGAAGACAGAUGAAAUAAAUAUUAAAAGUUUAAU